CAAAACCCUAGAGAUCAGAGUGUGCUGUUUCUCGGUGGCCGGAAAAUUGUCGAUGGCGAACUACGGGAUCUCAGUGGAAAAGGCCAAGGCUUUCUUGCGGUCUCAGUAUCAGAGUCAGGAAAAGUGGGAUAACAACUUGAAACUGCUCCGGGCUCUAGGUGUCUUUGCAGGAUCAAUUGUUCUGAUGAGGAACUUCGGUGAUGCGAUGGCAAUUUGAGUGUUGAUGGAGGGCUUACACCAGUCUCUGUCUCCCUCAUCUCAUGGCUCGUAGGGUGGUCUUAUUUGUCAAGUAGUUUUAGGGUACAUCCUUGUAAUGUGUAUGCAAGGAUUGGCAGAAUACUUGGAUUUUAAAAAUUCAAAUGGUUUUCGAGUGAAUACCCGCUGAACUGUGGAAUGUUUAUUUCAAUUAAAUCAUCUGAAUAUUUCGUCAUUAGUUGUUAUGGUAUCUGCGACUGUUGUUUCCCCAGCU